AUGCUUUGGCUGCCGCUCCCCUACCGCGGACCGCGGGCGCGCUGGUCGCCGUGGAGCCCGGCGGGCCCCCGCCCGGCGGGCGCGCCGCCCGGCGGCUCGGGGCUGUCGCAGGAGGUCUUCGGCGCCCUGCCGGCGCUGAGCCAGGAGGCCCCCCCGGUGGACGUCUCCGCCGAGGACCUCUCGAGGCUGCAGCGGCAGCAAGCCUGCGUCCAGCGGCAGCAGGCCGCGGCCGUCGCCGCCGCCGCGGAGCGCCGGCGCGCGGAGAAGCGGGAGAACCCGGAGCCCGUCCUGAACUCCCCCGAAGCGGUGGCGGUCGACAUGUGCCUGCGGACGGAGCUGCGGCUCAGCACCCCCCACGACUCCUUCCGGUGGCUGUGGCGGCUGCCCAUGGCCUUGAGGUGCCCCGUCGCAAGGGGCGCCGGGCCCGCCGCGGCGCACCUGCGGGAGGCCGUCGUGCAGGUCUGCCAGGAGUGCGUGCCGCGCCUGCUCAGCGACCCGGACAGCGCGCAGCGCUGGAUGGAGAAGAUCGCCGGCUGCCUCACGUGGCACCAGCUCGAGGGCCCCAGGC